GCAGAUUUAAAAGGAAACAGCGGCGCCAUGUUUGACUCCGAGAAGACCUCGGCUUUGGUUUGGAGGCUGCGCGCACUGGCAGCCCCGAAAGUUUUCAUUUUUGCCGUGCUUCUGACUCUCUGGACCUCAAUUCCUGACCCUCCUGGAUUUGACGAGGACACCUUCCAGUGCAUAGAGUUCUUUGCUGGAAAAGGAGAACUCUCUCGCACGCAGAAGCUGUCUGGCAAGAGCGCUGUGCGGUUGGAUUUGGAGUACAUGGAUGCAAACCACAAAGGUCGCAACGUCAUGAACAUACUCACUCCGGAGGGGAUGGCACUCGCUAUUCGAUGUAUACUUCGUGGCGACCCAACCGGGUUCCUGUGCCAUUUCGGACUGAAGUGUUCAACCUGGAGCACUGUCAACGUGGGCACUAGCUGCAGGAGUGAACGCAGCAGUCUUGGCAACUGUGACCACGAAAGUGUGAGAAGUGGUAACGCUAUGGCUAGCAGGGUCAUCUUGCUGGCCACGUUGGUGGUGGCCUUGGGUGGCUGUUUCACAGUGGAGCAGCCGGGAGGCUCCUUUCUCGAGUACUAUCCCAGAUGGAGGGAUUUUCUACGUGUGUUGGAUGAAGUGGGUGGCGAUGGAACUGUGCACCGGGUCACGUGGCACAUGCUUCACUACGGUGGUCCGACGCCCAAGCCGCACUGGGCAGUGUCAAACAGCCGGCGCAUAUCCGAGCUGCAUCGUGGGAAGUUCGACCAUGCUGGGUGGAAGGCCAAACCAAAAUCGGAAAGAGACAGUGUGAAAACAACUAUCAAGUACCAAGACAAGCAGGGAAAAGAUCGCUUCAAAGGUUCCUCUCGCUUGCGAAAGUCAGAGGAAUAUCCGGUGAUGUUUGGAUUGAAACUGGUCGAGCUGUACGAGUGGCUGGUAGGGUCCUGCCGUGGCCAGCCCUCCCUUCCGCCCACGAUCCCGACGGCGCUGGAGACCUUCCAGUCCAUGGGCAUCGGAGACGAUGAAGAGUCCUUGUGGUCGGAAGCCAGCAUUGUUGAAGUAUGCAAGUAUCUGAGGGGUGGGACCAGCUUGCUGAUUCCGCCAGACUUCAGACCUUUCCUGCCCCGAAGGCUCUAGAGUCAUGUAUAGAUGCGACCACCUUCAAAGCUGGGUGACCCAGACCUUUAGCGG